CAUUACCUAUUUGACUGCCCACAGUACAGAUGCAAACGUCACAUAUUCGCAAGCACCGUCCGACAAAAUGCAACAUCCAUCACGCACAUACUCACAUCCAAGAAAGUCACACCUCAUCUUAACCACUUCGUAAAUAGCACCGGCCGCUUCAAACCUACAUUUGGUGAGCUGUAA